AUGCCGAAAGUCAUCAUCUUCGCCGGCGCCCCCGAGGCCGACUGGUCAUCCCCGGAUUCCCUCCUCCUCUCCGGCCCACCCGCUAUACCCAUCUCCACUCCAACUUCAACGUCAACCUCAUCGUCAACCUCAACACCGGCAACUCAAAACGCAAAUACAACCACGAUAGCCCUCCCAUGCUGGCGAUCCCUCCCCUUAUACCACAAGCCCCUAACAACAGGCUACUCCCAACCCCACGGCCUGCCCUCAAACUUCCUCCCCCCAGCACACUUCUUCUCCCUCUCCUGGGACGCCCACCAAGAAACCGCCAACAACGACACCACAACCACAACGGACUCCCAAGACCCCCUCUCCCAGCAAUUCUACAACCACUCCCUAGCCCUCCACCACGACCUCGCAUCCUCCCAGCUCCCGCCCCCUCCGUCCUCAUCACAACCUCCACCCCAGCAAAACCCGUCCAGACACAGAGACAACACCUCCUUCAACACAACAGCGACAGACUCCUUCAUAUCCGAAACAACAGACUCCUUCCAAGACACCACAGCAGACCUCUCCACCUCAACCCCGCGUCCUCCCCUUUUGACCUCAACCCACCACCUCUCCGAUCUAGAAGACAUCCCCCCGGCCCCCUCCCUCCUCCGCCUCGCCCCGCAGACCGUCACCGUGAACCUCAUCGCGGGCGUGAUCUCCGUCUCCACCCCGCGAAGCGUGACCACCCGCUGGGGCACCGAGUUAUCCCUCGUCGAAGUGCUCUUAGGGGACGACACGCGCGCCGGGUUCGGCGUGACGUUUUGGUUGCCUGCUAUGCCGCCGCCUCCCCCAGCAGCUGCAAAGAACGCCGGUAAGCCCGCAACAGCGGAUCCGACGUCGCCGGCGAAUCUCCGGAGACAAGACGUCGUGUUACUGCAGAAUGUGGCGCUGCAUGUGUUUAGAGGAAAGGUAUAUGGGCAGAGCCUGCGGAAGGGGUUGACUAGGACGACGGUGCUUUAUAGACGGAAGUUGGGGGAGGGUGAUGAGGGCGGGUAUUAUCGUCCGAGGGACCUGGAGAGGUCUCUCGCUGCAGGAGGAGGGGAUGGGGAUGGGGAACCGAGCACGGUACACCCGCAGCUUGUCAAGACGAGGAGAGUGUGGGAGUGGGUGAUGAGGUUUGUCGGCGGCGGCGGCGGCGGCGAGGAGAAGACGACGGCGAGGGGGGUUGUGAAGAGGGGGUGGGAUGCGUUGCCUGAUGAUACCCAGUGA